UUGACCACUUGCAUUUUUUAUGUGAAAAAUUUUGUAUAAAUGGUGCACUGUUAAGUAAGAAAGGUGUCAGUUGAGUUUUCUUCAUCCACGGAUAAAGAAAUGGCUUACUUUAAAGAAUUAGUUGGAAUUUUGGCUUUAAUAGCCGUCGUAGCUGCUGGGCAAUACGAAUACAGUCGUUAUGAGCCUGCAUACUCAAAAGACUAUGGCAAGGGUAAAUCGCAUCACAAGGACGUAGAAUUACAUAAAUUGUGCAGUUGGAACGUGGUUGAAUUCGAAUCUUGCAAAUUGCGAAGUGAUGCAUGGCAUCCACUUAAAUUAGAUGCUGGUCGCAAUUACAUUCCCGAGAACAAUCUCCCAACCGCUUUCCAAUUCUCUAAUGAUCGUCGCGUUUUUGUCGCUUUAUCCAGAAAACGUACCGGAGUCUACGCUACCUUGGCUUAUUUCAAUCUUGAUGACGUUCGUGAUGGUUGCUGUCCCCCAUUGAAAGCCUACCCAUCUGACGAAGCCAAUUCCUUGGAUGCCGAUUGCUGCAACGAAGGAAACUUGGUCAACGUUGAACGUUUCAACGUCGAUCGAUGCAACCGUUUGUGGGUUCUUGACAAAAAUGGUCUCGAAUUGAAUGACAAGAACUGGGUUUUGGGAUCACCUAAAUUGGUUGUCUUCGACUUGAAAACGAACAAAGUUUUGCGUGAAGUACCACUUCAUUCGGAUUUGUAUGAGAAUCAAUUCGGCUUGGAUACCGUUGUCAUUAACGCUGAUCCCAAGGACUGCGAAAAUACACAUGCUUACGUUCUUGAUACGUAUGCCGGCGCUAUUGUCGUUUACUCCUACAAACAAAACAAAUUUUGGCGACACAAGUCACCCGAAUUCUCUAACGAUGCCAAAUAUACCAAAUUCACCCUCAAGACACGCAAAAACAAGGAAGUCACUUACUACAGAGAUGAAAAUGUAUUUGAUUGCGCUCGCGACUAUGUGAAUAACGAAGUUGUCUGUCACUCGGUUGGAUCUUUGGAUGAAUGGACCCUUCCUUUCGAAGAAUUGGAAAGCGAGGAAACCGCUCGUUGUUCACCCGACUCCUUGAAUGUGCAAUUCUUGGGACAAAAAUGUGAAGAUGGCCAAACCGGAACACACGUCUUGAACACCGAUAACCAAGUUGUCUGGGGAGCUCAUGAAUUGCAAUAUGGUGCUGCUUGUUGGAAUCGCCAAAACCCAUUGAACCCAUCAGCUGUCUCUCUUGUUGUGUCAGAUUGCGAUCGUUUGCCAUACGUGGCUGACUUGACACUUACUAAAGUCGAUUUGGAACCUUUCUGUGGAUCUCGUAAACGUCAUGGUGACGAAACUUAUGUUGUGCUUCUCUCAAACAAUGAAGUUGGUAUCAAGACUCAUGGAUUUGAUCACAAGGAAGAAAACUUUGGAAUUUAUUUCUUCAGAGAAAGUGAUGCUCUUGAAUGCAAUCCACAAUGCUUGCCCAAGAAGGGAUAUUCUCACAAACAACCAAAAUACGAUCAUGAUGAUAAACAUUCAAGCCACAAGACCUCAAAGAAGCCACAAUAUUACGAUCACGAUGACAAAUACUCUAAAUACGAUCACGACGACAAAUACUCCAAAUACGAUCAUCAUGACAAACAUUCCAGCUACAAGACUUCAAAGAAGCCACACCACCACGAUCACGACGACAAAUAUUCCAAAUACGAUCAUGAUGAUAAACAUUCUUAUGGACACUCGAAGAAACAUUAUGACCACGAUAACAAAUACUCCAAAUACGAUCACGAAGACAAAUAUUCAAAAUACGAUCAUGAUGACAAACAUUCCAGCUACAAGACCUCAAAGAAGCCUCACCACUACCAUCACGACGAAAAAUACUCCAAAUAUGAUCAUGAUGACAAAUAUGGACACUCGGAGAAACAUUAUGACCAUGAUGACAAAUAUUCCCACAAAUCACCAAAAGUAUCCUUGUACCACAAAUACGAACCCGUCCAUCGCCCACAACCCACCAAAUUCCCUCUUUAUGUACCCGUAAAAACAUACGAACACGAAGGUUACCUCUUCAACACAAGAGCUCCUUACCAUUACCAAUAUCGGUACAAAAAAUCCGAGAAAGCUGAAGCUGAAGCUGCUGAGGAUACCAAGCAAGAGUAA